AAGGCGCGCGCGGGAGCCCCGCGGUGGGAGGAGGAGGAGGAGCCGGUGGGGAUCGCUCGGCAGCAUGAAGAAGGAGCAGGUGCUGCACUGUCAGUUCUCCGCCUGGUACCCCCUCUUCAGGACCGUCACCAUCAAGAGUGCUGUUCUUCCCCUGCCUCAGAAUGUGAAGGAUUAUUUACUUGACGAUGGGACGCUAGUGGUCUCGGGAAGAGAAGAUCCACCGACACAUUCCCGGGCAGAGAGUGAUGAUGAGGCAGAAGAAAUUCAGUGGUCAGAUGAUGAAAACACCACAACUCUAACGGCACCAGAAUUUCCUGAGUUUGCCAUUAAAGUCCAAGAAGCCAUCAACUCCCUGGGAGGCAAUGUUUUUCCUAAACUUAACUGGAGCGCUCCAAGGGAUGCUUACUGGAUAGCAAUGAAUAGUUCUCUGAAAUGUAAGACUCUGAGUGACAUCUUCCUACUCUUCAAGAGUUCAGACUUCAUUACUCACGACUUCACUCAACCGUUUAUUCACUGUACUGAUGAUUCUCCUGAUCCUUCUAUAGAAUAUGAGCUCGUUCUACGAAAAUGGUGUGAAUUAAUUCCUGGGGCAGAAUUCAGAUGUUUUGUCAAGGAAAACAAGCUAAUUGGUAUUUCCCAAAGGGACUACACUCAGUACUAUGAUCACAUUUCUAAGCAAAACGAAGAGAUCUGUAGAUGCAUACAAGACUUUUUCAAGAAACACAUACAGUACAAAUUCUUGGAUGAAGACUUUGUAUUUGAUGUAUACAGAGACAGUAUGGGCAAAGUGUGGCUAAUUGAUUUUAAUCCAUUUGGUGAAGUAACCGACUCUCUGCUCUUUACUUGGGAAGAACUGAUCUCUGGGGAAAACUUGAAAGAUGACCACAGCGAAGGAGAGACUUUGGAACAGGAUUCCCCUCCCGCCUUCCGCUGUACAAACAGUGAAGUGACCGUUCAGCCAAGUCCAUACCUGAGUUACCGCCUGCCCAAGGAUUUUGUGGACCUCUCGACGGGUGAAGAUGCUCACAAACUAAUCGAUUUUCUCAAACUGAAAAGAAAUCAGCAAGAUGAUGACUGAUAAAUCAUAAAGUUCGAGCAUGAUUUAAGGAGGAAAGCACGGCUAUCUCAGUAGGCUUCCUGUUAACCAUGAUAUCCCAUCCUUACCUACCUAGGAUAAAAAAACAAUUGCUUUUUAUAUUCCUGUGUAUUCUGCUAGAAAAAAAACACCCCACAGAGACUUUGUUUCUAUGUAAACAAUAGUGAAAUAAAAGGAGAACUUAAAUAUA